GUUAGUACUUUCACAGCUUUUAGGAAAAACUAUGCCUGAGCCAUCUAAAUCUGCUCCUGCCCCUAAAAAGGGGUCUAAAAAGGCCAUCACUAAGGCGCAGAAGAAAGAUGGUAAAAAACGCAAGCGUAGUCGUAAAGAGAGCUAUUCCAUUUAUGUGUACAAGGUUUUGAAGCAGGUCCACCCGGACACUGGCAUUUCAUCUAAAGCUAUGGGCAUCAUGAACUCAUUCGUCAACGACAUCUUUGAACGGAUUGCCGGCGAGGCAUCUCGUCUGGCGCAUUACAAUAAGCGCUCGACCAUCACCUCCAGGGAGAUCCAGACGGCCGUGCGCCUGCUGCUGCCCGGGGAGCUGGCCAAGCACGCCGUGUCUGAGGGCACCAAGGCGGUUACCAAGUACACUAGCUCCAAGGCUGCUUUCAGGGGACCAAACAGAUGAAAGUCCGAUGGAGCAAGAUCAUGACUAUAAGGAAGGAUGCUUUAACACCUCAAAACGAAGUAAUCCAUGACAGACUUAAGUUUUGAAAAGUUUGUGCGAGAUGGGUACUGAAACAAUUCAUGGAAGAGUUUGGAUAUCUGCAAACAAAAUUUGGACCAAUAUUCUAAGGAAGGUGAAAGUUUCUUAAAGAGAAUCAUUACUGGUGAUGAGACAUGGAUUCACUAUAAGCCUGAGAGUAAACAGCAGAGUAUGGAAUAGAAACAUCCUCAAUCGCCAAACAAGAAGAAGUUAAAAAAUCAACCAACAGCUGGAAAAUUGAUGCUUACAGUUUUCUGGGAUUCUCAAGGGCCAGCUGGAACAUUAUCAGGAAACAGGUUCAACAAUCAACAGUGCUUGUUAUGGUGAGAUGCUUAUUGAAGAGCUGAAGCCUAAACUUUGGAUUAAACGCAUGCUAUCCAAGGGCGUUGUGAUCUUGCAUGACAAUGUAUGUCCACAUACUUCUGCCCACACCCUGCAAAAACUUCAUUUUGAAGUGUUAAAGCAUCCUCCCUAUAGUCCUGAUCUUGCUGUGUCAGACUUUCACCUAUUUGGUGCCCUGAAAGCAGCCCUAUGAGGACAGAGAUUUACUUCUGAUGAAGUGAAUACAGUGGUGCAUUUGUGGCUCACAGCUCAGCCUAAAACAAUUUUAAUGAGGGAAUACAAAAGCUUGCUGACAGGUGGACAGUGUAUUGAAAAGCAAAGAGAUUAUGUUGAAAAAUGAUGUAUUUGUCUUUUGUAAUAGUUAAUGAAAAUAAAUUCUACAGCCAGAGUGCGGAUAAUUUUUGACUCACCCUCGUAUGUUGAAUAAAUGUUGAA